ACGUCUGUAGUGUCAGUCAGACUAUCAUCUGGAAAACUCAGAGGAGCUGCUCCAACUCUGAAGAUUAUUGUUUGUGACAUGUAAUGCGAAAACAUUUAAUGUCCUAGCAUUUAUUGACAGUGCUCUGUCUGGACUGUAACUCCGUCUAGAGGAGGUGUCUGCUGAAGAACUUAACGAAGUGAAAGGGAUGUUCAUCCUGCGAGCUCCAUUUAUGUGGAUGUACUUUUUUCUGUGAUUGCAACUUCAGGAAGGUAUUUUAAAUUCUUUAGUCUUUCUGACACUUUCUGUUGACUAUCUACGACUCGAGGAGAUCUUUGCCUGUCUCUGUUCAGGCAUGACGGGUCAGGAGAGGAGUGAGGAGAAGAGUGAAUGUGUGUCCCUGUCGCCGAUGAGGGAGGCUGUGCCUGCCCCACCUGAGUGUGAGAGGGUGUGUGUGUUUGGGACGGGGGACCUGGGGCGCUCUCUGGGCCUGCGUCUGCUGCAGGCAGGGUACGGGGUGGUGUUCGGCAGCCGACGGCCCCACAGCAGCAGCAGCAGCCUCAUACCCCACGGAGCACAGGUCCUGGGCCAUGCUGCAGCUGCUCAGUCAGCCCAUCUGAUCUUCAUUGCAGUCCAGAGAGAACACUACGACUUCCUGGUACCACUGGCCAAUCAGCUAAAGGGAAAGGUGUUGGUGGACCUCAGUAACAACCUGAGGAAGAAUCAGUACCCAGAGGCCAACGCAGAAUACCUGCAAAGCCUGGUCCCUGGAGCUGAGGUGGUUAAAGGCUUCAACACCCUGUCUGCCUGGAGUCUGCAGAAUGGACCUUCAGAUGCCAACAGACAGGUGUAUAUCUGCGGGGAAAGUGUGGAGGCCAAGCAGGCGGUGAUGGCGGUAGCCACCAAGCUGGGUUUCAGUGCCCUGGACCGGGGCUUUCUCUCAGUGGCCCGGGAGCUGGAGGACUUCCCCCUGCAGCUGUUCCCCCAGUGGAGGCUCCCCCUGUACAUCGCCACUGGCCUCAGUGCUGCCUUCUUCUUCUACCUGCUGAUCAGAGACAUCAUCUAUGCAUACGUCACCCAGGGCGAAGACAUCUCCUUCAGAAUCAUGGUCUCACUGGCUAACAAGGUGUGUCCCAUCGUGUCUCUGAUCAUGCUGUCUCUCUGUUACCUGCCUGGUGUCCUGGCUUCCUUCCUGCAGCUCUACAGAGGCACCAAGUACAGGCGCUUCCCUGAUUGGCUGGACCGCUGGAUGCUGUGCAGGAAACAGCUGGGUCUUCUGGCACUGGGGUUCGCCUUUCUGCAUGUGCUCUAUACACUUAUCAUACCCAUACGGUACUAUGUGAGGUUCAAGGCCACUGAACGCACUGUCUCUGUGAUCAGAGAGAACAGGACCACUGAGUUUGAUACAACGGCGGCCUGGCGUGGCGACUCCUACUUAUCCCUGGGAAUUCUGGGAUUUAGCCUGUACGUCCUAUUGGGAAUCACAUCUCUUCCCUCCGUCAGUAACGUUCUCAGCUGGAGGGAGUUCAGCUUCAUACAGUCCAAGCUGGGUCACCUGACUCUGCUGUUAUGUACGGCUCACACCUACCUGUAUGGCUGGAACAAGUUUCUGAGUUCCUCCACCUACAAGUGGUACACCCCACCGGGCUACAUGCUGUGUCUGGUGAUUCCCUCUGUGGUGCUGCUACUCAAGCUGCUGCUCAUCACCCCCUGUGUGGACCGAACCAUCACCCGCAUACGCCAGGGAUGGGAGAGGGGGGCAGAUCAGCGGAACCCUAAAGACAGCCAACCACUGAUAACUUAGACACACACACACACACACACACACACACACACACACACACACACACACACACACACACACACACACACACACACACACACACACACACACACACACACACACACACACACACACACACACACACACACACACAGAGACACACACAAAAUAACACCCUCAGUGUGAUGACAGCUUUGUCUUCAAGGCAUGAACUCUUGUUUCUUUGCUAUUAUACCCUCUGAAGUUGUCUACCAUUCAAUCAUCAUUUGCAAUGUUUCUGGGAUUUAAAAGAAACAGCAAGAACAUUUAAUUGAUAUGCAGUCAUAUUUAUUUUUGUAUUACACUGUAAACAUUGUUGAAUUUUAAUGCAUAUAUUUUUAACCAUACGUAAACCAGACACUAGCUUUCACUGGUGAAAGCUCUCUUUCUCUCUCUUGCUCUCUCUUGCUCUCUGUGUAUAUCCUCUCUCUUCUUUGACUGAUUGUACAGUUAUCCCCAUAUGAAACAUAGGUUUCAGAGACGUAUAAAAGUGUUUCAAUUUAUAUUUUGUGUCUGUCUGAUACAUCUCCAGUUGCAGGUCAGACACAUAAAAACACAUUUAUCAGUGUGAUCCUCUCUGGGGCUGAGUGUUUUUAUUUCCUCCAGAAAACAGACUCUCUGAAACCCAGCAACAGGCUUCCCUUUCAUCACUAGAUAGACAAAGUGGCCCACAGUGUCUUCUGUUAUAGGGAGCACUUCCUUUGUGGUGAAUAUAACUGGCUGUUUGUGUAGAUGCCAAAGAUCUAAAUACAUAGAUGAAGAGGCAAAGCACAAAGACACACUCCCAUAAACAGCUUGAACCAACACUAAAAACACAGGAACAGUGUGAAAACAAUGUUGAUUCAACCAGUGUGUGCCCAGUGAGAUAUUUUAGACAUGAUUGAAGUGACAAGGUUAAUUAUUUGUAUUGCAUCAAUAAAAUAAAUGGGUAUAUAUUCUUCCUCA